UAAUAUUAACACAAGUAUGAAAGUAGACAAUGCAGUUAGCAAAGCGAUAGAAAUUUGUCUACGAAUUUUUGGCAUCUGGCCGAAUACAUCGUGCGCUUUAUUACGUAGACUCUUCUGGAUUGUCACGCUCAUAUUCGAGCAAGUCUUUCAAUAUCGAUAUAUUGUAAUGCAUUUUUAUUUGAUUGAGUUUUCCGACAGGAUGAAAAUUUUGGGUGCAGCCAUGGCAUAUUCGAUACUUUUAACUAGACUUCUCAUUUUUUGGUAUAAGCAACGAACGUUCAACAAGAUACUAACGAUGAUAGCGGUUGACUGGGAAAAAUGUUCCGACACGAAAUUUAGCAUGCUAACAACGAAGUGCAAUGCCAAACUGUCGCAGCGCUUCACUAAGAUGACGGUGAUUCUUUAUUGCACAAUGGUAACUUUUUUUGGCAGCAAUGUCUUCUUACAAAACACAGAUGAUGGCAUAACUUCCAACGUUUCCACAACACGACCACUCAUUGUUGACAUGGAUUUGCCAUUCGACGUUAAUCGAAGAUUCGUAUAUGAAUUUGUCAUAAUUGUUCAAUUUUUUCACAUGCUGAUAUGUGCUAACUCAAUGGGUUUAAUAAAUGCUUUACUUAUAAAUUUGAUAUUGCAUAUAAGUGGUCAAAUCGAUAUUCUUCGUAAAAGUGUGUUGGAACUUUUCCCGAAAGAAAAUAAGUGCAGUACGAAUUGUUCUAUGGUAAAAAAAGUAAUCACGAAACAUCAGAAUAUUAUCACUUUUUCAGAACAUAUUGAAGAUCUGUACUCGUAUAUCUCAAUGGUGCUUUUCGUAUCGGAUACUUUGCUUAUCUGCUGCUUGGGUUUUACAAUGGUCACGUCGAUUGGGCAACCCGAUGCUUCAGAAAGUAUAAUCAGGAAUUUCUUGUUUUACCUCGCUGUGAAUAUAGAGGUAUUUAUAUUCUGUUUUGCUGGAGAAUACUUGAGCGCCAAGAGCAAGAGCAUUGGAGAUGCUGCAUACGAUUCUCUUUGGUACGAGUCAGAUUUCAGAGACGGUCGAAAUGUAUUGCUCUUAAUAAUGAGGUCGCAAAAUCAAUUAACCAUUACAAUUGGAAAUAUAGCGAAUUUGUCUCUUGAACAAUUUAGCAGUGUAAGUCUGUUUCAAGUUUGUUCUAACGUUCAACACAAUAUUAACGAUGAUGGCGAUCGACUGGAAAAAAUGUACCAACUCAAAAUUUACAGCAAUAUCUUCAUAAAAAAUAUGAAUGAUGUCAUAACUUCCAACGUUUCCACACAAUCACUCAUUAUAGACAUGGAUUUGCCAUUCGACAUUAAUCGAAGAUUCGUAUAUGAAUCGGUCAUAAUUGUUCAAUAUCUUCACUUGCUGAUAUGUGCUAACGGAAUGGGAUUAAUAAAUGCUUUACUUAUAAAUUUGAUAUUGCAUAUAAGCGGUCAAAUCGAUAUUCUUCGUAAAAAUGUGUUGGAACUUUUUCCGAAAAAAAAUAAGUGCAGUACAAAUCGUUCUAUGGUAAAAAGAGUAAUCAAGAAACACCAGAAUAUUAUCACUUUUUCAGAACAUAUUGAAGAUCUGUACUCGUAUAUCUCAAUGGUGCUUUUCGUAUCGGAUACCUUGAUUAUCUGCUGCUUGGGUUUUACGAUGGUCACGUCGAUUGGUCGACCCGAUGCUUUACAAAGUAUACUAAAGACUCUCUCAUUUUACUUUGUUACGAAUAUGGAGGCGUUCAUAUUCUGUUUCGCUGGAGAAUACUUGAGCGCCAAGAGCAAAAGCAUUGGAGAUGCUGCGUACGAUUCCCUAUGGUACGAAUCAAAUUCCAGAGACAGUCGUAUUACAUUGUUCUUAAUAAUGAGGUCGCAAAGUCAAUUAACUAUUACAAUUGGAAAGAUAAUGAAUUUGUCUCUAGAACAAUUUAGUAGUGUAAGUCCAUUUCAGAUUUGUUGUGUACGUGUAAAACAUUUUACAGAUUUUAUGCCGAAGAUUUGUCUCAUCGAUAAUAUAAUUGUCUAG